UCGUCUACGAGUCACGCGUAGUUUCGGCCGAUUUGCAUUACGAUGCUUUUAACAAAUACCGUUAAAAUUUUCUCGUGACAAGCGUUGCUCCAACGACGCGUCAAACGUUUUCAAAAUUUCUCGUUAACGGAAACAAUAGAUUCGUAAAGAAAAAGAAUCAUCGACAAGGUUUCUAGCUGAACAUCUUGAAAAUUUUCGGUGCACGGAAUCUCUCGCGUCCGGAACGAAAUUAUUAUUAUUAGUAAUUCGGUGAUCGAUCGUCGGAAAUCACGCAAGACGGAUAAUGGGAAAACAGGCGCCGAAAAUGUCGGCCCGAGUGGUCAACGCCAUCAAGAAUUUAAGGGAGGUUCACGGAUCCACGUCGAAGGAAAUCAUGAGCUACAUCAUGUCACAAUAUAAUGCUCCGGUAUCAACUAUACAGAGACAGAUGCAAACGGCGUUGAAGCGCGGCCUAGACUACGGUAUUCUGAAGAGGCAGAACGGUCACUAUUACUUGAACACGGAGUCGAGGGUGCCGCAGAUGUUGGCUUCGAACACGCCAGCCGAGAGGAACGGGAGACGUCGCAGCAGACGUAGACGAAGUCGACGCCGAGGCAGACGACGUCGCCGCAGCAGAGGUCGCAGGUCGAGACGAAGGAGAAGCGGCCGGAGUAGGCCUGGCGGAAGGUCCAGGAAGGCGGGUUGCACCAAUUGCAGGUGCACGAGGAGGGCCAGGGAGCUGCAGAUCCUGAAGGACACCGUGGCCGGGCCACGGAACACAGAGGACGACGACGCGUACACGCGCAACAAAGACAGCGACGUCGAGCGUCGCAGCAAGAGUCGGGACCGCAGCGGAUCCCGUAGUCGAUCAUCGAUAAACAGCGAUCAAGAUGCCGCGACGGACGAUCGACAGGCGACUCAUGAUCAAGAUUAAUGCAGCUGAACAGCUCGGCUUAUGCCUCGUACCCCAGCAUCGUUAGCUGCGACAAUCUCUCAGCGCGUUGUCGGCGCCGAUCGACAUUCUCCGCGACGCUCCACCAACGAACUUGAUGGCGACCCAGACCCCAUGUUCUUUCGGCACCUCGGUUGAAAUCUUCGACGAUUGUAUAUACAUUCGCCACUGUCUCUUGUCAGUAUUUGUAAUAAAUUUAUUUUGUAGACAUAGCUCUGUAUUAAAAUUUUUUCAGUA